GUGCUGGUUGGCGACAAGCUGCGGCACCGCAAGAAUCAGCUGCAGUGCAAGCCCCGCGAGGUGGCGAACCUGACGGAGCAUUACGCCGAGGUGCUCCGCUCCAAGGCCGAGCGCACGGAGCACGCGCUGCCGAAGAGGGUGACGAAGGCGCGCCUCCAACGGCUGCUCAAGGAGCGCAAGGUGGUGCACCAG